AUGUUUCCAGUGGCAACCCCGUCAAUAUAUCAGGCGCCAAAAUGUUUUGUCACAUACGGCACCAUGGGUUAUGUCGACACCAAACAGGCACCUCAUAAGGGCAAGCCUUGGAUGGCCAUCAAAUCGCAAGAUUUUAUACACAAGGUAGACUUGAUCAUACCCGUAGAGGCUUAUGACUCGGUGCAACAGGUCAUUGAGACGCGCCAGUCGCCCCAGUAUUCUAAGGUCACCAUGACACUGGGUGAUAUCUUCGAGGGAGAAUUCUUUACCGAGUACAUCAAGAAAGGGAAUGUCCUUAUGCUCUCCGAGGGUACCACGACGACGGGCAGCCUCUUCACGUUACACCAAGGUACCCUGACCAUGUACCUUGAGAAGGAGACCUAUGAACGAUCUGGGCUUGUGGGCAAGCCGUAUGGCGCGAAGGGCGGAAGAGGUUUAAGACCUCGUUGGGUCGUUUCAUUCGACCUCAGAAGCCCAACGAUGGUACGCGGGAAGAGGGGUUUCGAUCGUUUGAUCUAUGCUUGCAAGAAUGUCCUGAAUCAACCGACAAAUUGGCUUUUCUGCAACGUUACGGAAUUGAUACCUUCCCCGGACCCCUUACAGAGAUAUUUUCCCACCUCCUUCACCUCUUCACCAGGAAUCACUCGAGAUAUCUGCGCGCUUCAGGGGCCACUGGACAUUCCCUCUGAGAUCCUUGCUGAUGCCGACCGAUCCGCCUUUGAGGAAGCGGCAACCGAGUGCUAUGAGUGGCUGUCGCUUAUUCGGCUUGGAAGCCCCCGCGUGGAACCUCGGGACAACAUCGAUCCCUAUCUUUCGAAAUAUCGGGUGCCGGGAGAUGCCGAGGGGGAUGUGACUGUGUGCAAACUGAGUUGGCAGGGGCUCAUUUCUUCCAGUUGGCUGCACAAGUUACUUGUUGAUACUAUUGCUGCUUGUCCGUCGGUGGCAUGGUUCUCUUUGAGUGCAACUUGCUUUUCAAGGAGCGUUCCCGGCAGUGGUAACGAGGUCAUGAUUCUUCGACCUCCAGUAACCGGGACCAAGUACCUCAUGUGGGAAACAAAGGUUUCAGAGUGA